UUUCUUGUCUCUAGCUAUUUCAGCUAAAUGUUGAGUUUGCUUCCUUUGAGCUCUAGUGGUGUGCACUAAUGUGUCUAUGUAUCAAUUCCUACAGGUUUUUGCCAUCUUUGUUUUUGCCACAUGUGGAGGCUUUCGAGGUGAAACUGCUCUUCUAGUUUCCUGUGAGGGUGUGGUAAACAAAACAGUUACAGCUGCUUUUUCUUAUCCAUUCAGGUUGAAUACUGCUGUAUUUAGUGCACCAGACCCAAAAGGCUGUGGUGGCACCUGGACUGAUGUCUGCCUCGUGGGUGACUUCUCCUCUUCUGCACAGUUCUUUGUUGCACUGGCAGCAUUGGUGUUUGUCUACUGUGUUACUGCCCUUGUGGUAUAUAUUGGAUAUAACCAUGUGUAUCAGCACAAUAAAAAAUUCCCACUAACUGACUUGGCAAUCAGUGUCUUGAUAGCCUUUCUGUGGCUGGUCAGUACUUUUGUUUGGGCAAAUGCCCUUGCUGACAUCAAGGUGUCCACAGGAGCCAGCAUUGUUCCGGGAAUUGAGUCUUGCAAAGCACCAGGAACAACUUGCCAUUUUCUUUCUGUGACCCGCAUGGGAAUCCUGAAUGUGUCAGUGGUAUUUGGCUUGCUUAAUAUGAUUUUAUGGGCAGGAAAUAUUUGGCUUAUAUACAAGGACACCAACCUGCACAGCCAAUGGAACAGAAUUUCUGAAAGUCCAACUGAAAGGGUAUAAAAACAAGUUGAUAUUUUGAAGUGCUUCCACUUUCCAUGUUCUUGGUAGUGUGAUGUGAGCCAUUAGGAUUCAUUUCAGCAAUGACUGAUAAUUCAUACAAACUUCUGUUUUGUACUAUGGUUUGAUGGAAGGUCCUGGGUACUCCAACUGAAGUGUUUAAUUAUCAUGAAAUAUAUUGUCUUUCAAGGCUGUGCAGCAUUGUAUUGCAGUUUGUGAAGAGCAAAAUGAAGAGGUUAUCUGGAUGCUGGCCCUUUCUGGUUCUUAAAUUAGCCUUAUAGGAGGCAUGGCUGAGAAGCAGCUCUAUCUGGGUUAUUACUGCAUCAUAUUUAGUUCUGCCAAGUCUCCUCUGAAAAAUGGAAAAUAAAUUCAUCCAGGGCAGGUGAAAAUGCAGUUUAGUUUCUUGUGGCCACUGAUAACUAGCAAAAGUCACCUGAGUAGAAUUCAUAGCUCUGUCAAAGUUGCAGCCAAGAUGUGUAGGUUCCCAGAUACAAUGAUCUGAAAGGACUAUCAGAUCUGCUGCUGAGCCUGUCAGGAAGGACAUUACUCCUAUGUUUAAUAUGCUGUUACUGUUUAAUGGCUUGGGGACGAUCUCUGAACAAGGCAAUUUGUUGAAUGAGUUCAUAGCUUCUAGUCUCACUAAUAUGAGAGUUUGUAUAUGGAAGCAAUAGAUGAUGGAGGUGGGGGUGGGAGGAAAAAUAAGGUAUGGCCCAAAACACUCACAAAUACUGUACAAAUCAAAGUUGAUAUAGUCUCCUACAUUGAGAUGUAUGAACAGAGUUUGUACAUGAAAGGAUGGAAGGGGAGAUGUCUGAAUAAAACAAAUUCUUCAUUGAUGUUCAGCUCAUUCAUUGGGAAUGGUAUUUGGGUCUUCUCAUGUGGACUUCUUUGUUAAGGUGUCUGACUCCCUGUGAAUUGCCCAGAGAGAAUGCUUCAACAAACUUAAUACAAAGGCUGUUCAGUUCUUUUUGGUUUGUUUAAACUGUUUGUGAUGAACAUAGACAUAGUAGUGUGUAUAUAAUGCAAAUUGUAAUUGUUUGGUGUGCCAGAGCUAUUGACCUUCUGAUAGUAAACUGUACUGUCAAAGAGUGCAAUAAAGUCAGUGUGAGUGCUGCUGAA